CCAAAAUCAAAACGGAAGAAUUACUUGUCUUUAAUAAUUUCUUUCUUUCUUCCACUUUUAAAUCUUUAAAGCUUCAUUCACUUUCACUCUCCUUUUCUCUCUCCUCCAUUAAAGCGUACUUUGAAUUCUCCAUUGAAGCGGCUUUCUAAGCUUUCUCUCUUCUACUGAAACAACUUCCAAGAAGGAUUGCUCGACACAUUCUUGGAGGUUUUGUUCUGGUCUUAAAUGGAGGAUCCUAUUGUGCAAUCUCAGCCAUUGAUGACUGAAGUGAUGGAGGAACUAUGCAAUGGUUCUGCUGACGGUGGUGAAAAAGCUGUGGAAGUGACGAAAGCAGCUGUUGGGUCGAGUAAUAGGAGAUCAGAAGCAAGGAGUAGUUUAGGUUUGAAAACAGGUGUGGCUAAAUCACGUGUAAGUGGGAGUCCACAAAGUCCCAAUGUGGUACCUGUAAGGGCAAGAAGAAGUAGCACUGGUGGGUUGGGUGAAAAGCAGUCUAUUCCUGCAAAAAAGCAGCAGUCUGGUUCUGGUUUGGUGGGAAGAAAAACUGCUGGUCCUUCUGUUUCAGAGCCAGUACGGCGAUCAUUACCAGAAACCAGGACGUCCAAGGUUUCUGAUGUUGGUAAGAGUAUUAGCAAAAUGGGUAUCAGAGAGACAAAAAUGUCAGGGCCAAUUUCACCUGGGGCUAGAACUUCGAAGAUGUCUACAAGCUCUAGUUUGAGUAAGAAUGAUUCUGAUAACAAGUUGUCAUUUACACGUGCUAUAGGUUCCUCAACCAGUAAGUUUCAUUCUUCUCCUUCAGUUGAUAGUACAGCAAGCAGCACUGCCAAAAAGUUAGUGUCAAAGAACUCUACACAGUCAGUUCAAUCCCCUUCAGUAUCAAGUGGAUUGAAGAAAAGUACCAAGCUUUCUUCACCUUUGGCUCGGUCUCCAUCUGUAAGUAGUGGAUUCAGAAAAGGUACCGUGUCAGCUUCACGGGACCAGAGUUCAAGCUCAUCUGGUCGAAAGAAGGCAGCAACCUCUGAUUGCCAGGAUUCUCAUUUCAUAGUUCUGCCACAAGUAGAGACCAAAGCUGGGGAUGAUGUGAGGCUAGAUCUGAGAGGUUUGAGGAUCCGUAGCCUGAACGCAAGUGGUGUGAAUUUGUCUCAAAAUUUAGAGUUCGUUUAUCUCAGGGACAAUUUAUUAUCUUCGUUAGAAGGCAUUGAAAUACUAAAAAGAGUUAAGGUUCUUGAUUUGAGUUUCAACGAAUUUAAAGGGCUUGGAUUCGAACCACUUGGGAACUGCCAAGUCCUACAGCAACUUUAUCUUGCUGGGAAUCAAAUAACAUCACUUUCAAGCCUCCCAGAGCUUCCUAAUUUGGAGUUUCUCUCCGUCGCUCAAAAUAAAUUGAAGUCUCUCUCUAUGGCGAGUCAACCUCGGCUACAGGUGUUAGCUGCAAGCAAAAACAAAAUAUCAUCUCUCAAGGGUUUCCCACAUUUACCAUCUCUUGAGCACUUAAGAGUCGAGGAGAACCCGAUCCUUCGGAUGCCUCAUAUAGAAGCAGCAUCCAUUUUGCUUGUUGGUCCUACGUUAAAGAAGUUUAAUGACAAAGACCUGUCUAAGGAAGAAAUCACAAUUGCUAAGCACUACCCUACGUGUACUGCCCUCUGCAUAAGGGAUGGUUGGGAAUUUUGCUCUCCGGACUGUGCUGCAGACUCAACUUUUGACUUCCUCGUUGAACAAUGGAGGGAUCAACUGCCCCCAGGAUUCCUCCUCAAGGAAGCAUCAAUUGAUCUGCCUUUUGAGGAAGAUGCUUGCCGCUGCCACUUUAUUUUCCUUCAAGACCAUGGGAAUGACUCGAACUUGGUAUUAAAAUAUCAAUGGUAUGUCGGAGAAGGGGUUCUUUCAAAUUUCAAGGCGAUUCCUGAUGCCAUUUCUGAGGUCUACUGUCCAAAGCAUGAUGAAGUUGAGAAGUACUUGAAGGUUGAAUGCAUUCCUGUAUUUGGGGAGACAGAAUACCCUCCAAUUUUUGCAAUUUCUUCACAAGUCUCUCCUGGAACUGGAUGUCCAAAGGUCUUGAAUCUUGAUGUGCGUGGUGACCUUGUUGAGGGAAACAUCCUUAAGGGCUGUGCUGAGGUUGCUUGGUGUGGUGGGACUCCUGGAAAAGGUGUCUCCAGUUGGUUAAGGAGAAAAUGGAACAGCAGCCCUGCAGUAAUUCAUGGAGCUGAAGAAGCUGAAUAUCAAUUGACUAUAGAUGAUGUUGAUUCAAGUUUAGUUUUUAUGUACACUCCGGUAACAGCUGAAGGUACCAAAGGAGAACCUCAGUAUGCCAUCACUGAUUAUGUAAAAUCAGCUCCUCCAUCAGUCUCUAAUUUACGGAUAAUUGGAGAUUAUGUUGAAGGCAACACUAUAAAGGGUGUUGGAGAUUACUUUGGAGGAAGAGAAGGUCCUAGCAAGUAUGAGUGGCUGCGUGCCAAUAAGGAAACAAGGGUAUCUGAACUAAUAUUAAGUGGGGCUCCUGAAUAUACCUUAACAUGGGACGAUGUUGGCUGCCGUGUGGUUUUCACAUAUAUACCUGUGAAUUUUGAGGGUAAAGAAGGUGAAUCUGCUUCUGCGUUUUCUGAUAUAGUUAAGCAAGCACCUCCAAAGGUAACGAAUACAAGAAUUAUUGGUGAACUUAGAGAGGGAAGUAAGAUUACCGUAAGUGGUACAGUUACUGGAGGAACAGAAGGGGCCAGCAGAGUACAAUGGUUUAAAACAAGCUUUUUUACUUUAUGUGGGGAGGAUGGCCUAGAAGCUUUAAGUACGUCCAAGAUUGCAAAGGCCUUUCGCAUACCAUUAGGAGCUGUUGGCUACUAUAUUGUUGCAAAAUUUACUCCAAUGACACCUGAUGGUGAAGCUGGUGAACCAGCUUAUGUUAUAUCUGAGAUGACUGUUGAGACUCUUCCUCCAAGUUUGAAUUUCUUGUCAGUCACUGGUGAUUAUUCAGAAGGUGAAAUGUUGACAGCAUCCUAUGGUUAUAUAGGUGGUCACGAAGGCAGAAGUAUAUACAACUGGUAUCUUCAUGAGGAUGAAACUGAAACAGGCACUUUAAUGAAUGAGGUUUUGGGGCAUCUACAGUUUCGAAUACCCAAGGAAGCCAUUGGCAAAUUUAUAGCCUUCAAAUGCAUACCUGUUCGAGAUGAUGGUAUGAUUGGCAAAGAAAACAUUUGCAUGGGACAUGAGCGUGUUCGUGCUGGAAGCCCAAGGUUGAUAUCUUUGCAAAUAGCUGGCAAAUCUGUUGAAGGAUCAACAUUGGUUGCUGAGAAAUUAUAUUGGGGAGGUGAAGAGGGAGAAUCAGUUUUUCGCUGGUUUCGGACUGAUUCAAGUGGGCAACAAAUUGAAAUCAAUGAUGCUAUGACAGCAUCAUACACACUUUCGGUUGAAGAUGUUGGAUGUUUAAUAUCAGUAUCCUGUGAACCUGUUAGAAGUGACUGGGCACGUGGUCCAGAAGUAAUCUCUGAGCAAUUUGGUCCCAUAGUACCUGGUCUUCCAUCCAGUGAGGAACUGAAGUUCUCAGGAUCUAUGAUGGAAGGGGAACGAUUGGCAUUCAUUGCUUCAUAUCAUGGAGGGGUAAAAGGCAACUGUUGUACUGAAUGGUUUAGAAUUCAAAACAAUGGUCACAAGGAGAAAUUAUGUGCUAAUGAUUAUCUGGAUCUAACCCUUGAUGAUGUUGGGAGCCGCAUUGAAAUUAUUUUUACGCCUGUUCGGGAUGAUGGAAUAAGAGGAAUUCCCCAGAGUAUUAUAUCUGAUGUUAUCAUUCCUGCUGAUCCUGUGGGUUUGGAGCUUACUAUUCCUGGUUGCUGUGAGGCUGAGGUGGUGCUUCCACAUAAGAUAUACUUUGGCGGACAUGAAGGUGUUGGGGAAUAUAUUUGGUACAGAACGAAGAAUAAGCUUCAUGGAUCUGAUUUGAGUAGCAUAUCUGAUGCAUAUGAUGAUAUUGUUAUUUGUGGUAGAGACUUAACAUACACACCAUUUCUUGAUGAUGUGGGGACAUAUUUGGUGCUAUAUUGGGUUCCAAUUCGUGAUGACGGGAAACCGGGCAAGCCAUUGGUUUCAAUUUGUGAUGAUCCAGUUGCCCCAGCUCAUCCCGUUGUCAGAAAUAUUGGUGUGAAAUCUUUGAAUUUAAGCACUUAUUCUGGCGAAGGUGAAUAUUUUGGGGGACAUGAAGGAUCAAGCUUGUUCAGCUGGUACAGAGAAACAGCUGAGGGCACAAUUACUUUAAUUAAUGGGGCUGAUUCUCUGACAUAUGAAGUCACUGAAUCGGAUUACAAUUGUCGUUUGUUGUUUGGACAUACACCAGUUCGUUUGGAUUCAGUCGUUGGGGAACUCAGGCUUUCAGAUCCGACCAACUUUAUAUUUCCUGAACUGUUGAAAAUUGAGAUGGUUGCUCUCACUGGAAAAGCAAUGGAAGGAGAAUUGCUCACUGCCGUUGAAGUUAUUCCAAAUAGCGAGAGCCAACAAAUUGUUUGGAGCAAGUAUAAGAAAGAUGUCAAAUAUCAGUGGUAUUAUUCUUCAGAUUCUGAGGAUGUCAGAUCCUGGGAGUUACUUUCUUCAGAAAGUUCCUGCUCUUACAGAUUGCGUUAUGAAGACAUUGAUCGCUGCUUGAGAUGUGAGUGCAUUGUUACUGAUGUCUUUGGAAGGUCAAGUGAGCCCGUAUAUACUGAAAGUACUCUUAUAAUGCCUGGAAUACCUAGAAUUAAUGAACUGGAGAUUGAGGGAAGAGGAUUUCACACUAAUUUGUAUGCUGUUCGAGGAGUUUAUAGUGGAGGAAAAGAGGGAAAAUGCAGAAUACAGUGGCUUAGAUCCAUGGUUGGCAGUCCUGAUCUCAUCUCUAUUCCAGGGGAAAUAGGAAGGAUGUAUGAAGCUAAUGUUGAUGAUGUGGGGUACCGACUUGUAGCAGUAUACACCCCUGUGAGAGAUGAUGGAGUUGAGGGACACCCGGUCUCGGCUUCAACAGAGCCAAUAGCAGUCGAGCCUGAUGUUCUUGAAGAAGUUAAGAAAAAGCUUGAUUUUGGUUUUGCGAAGUUUGAGGUAAUAUGCAACAAGGCUCCAUCAUCCAAGAAGAUUUUGGAUACUGGGGGACUUGAGAGGAGAAUACUUGAAAUCAACAGAAAGAGAGCCAAAGUGGUGAAGCCUGGUUCUAAAACCUCUUUCCCAACUACUGAAAUGCGUGGCAGUUAUGCUCCCCCAUUCCAUGUGGAGGUUUUUCGCAAUGAUCAACACCGGUUGAGGGUUGUGGUUGACAGCAAUAAUGAAGCAGAUAUUAUAGUGCAUACACGCUACUUGAGGGAUGUAAUUGUGCUUGUUCUCAGAGGUUUAGCUAAAAAAUUCAACAGCACAUCCCUAAAUUCUUUGUUGAAAUUAGAAACAUAG